AUGUCGCGAACGCCACAGGUGCAGCAGGCGAUGUCUGUCAGAGUGGCGGCAGCUUGUGAGAGAGCUGGCGGGCAGCAGAUAGUUGCAGGUGCUGCAGCAGCGGGCGCGGCUGGCGGGCUCUGCUUGGGUGCUUUGCUCUUCUCUGGAGACUCUGCGGCUGCGCAGAAGCGGCUGGCAGAUGCGAUUUCAGCAGCGCAGCAACGAAAUCGCACGGUUGCUAUCCGCUCGAAGCUGCGACGUGGCUUGCGCAAGCGGCUGCUUCUGCUUUCGGCAACCUCUGCUGCCGGAGUUGCCUACUUGUGCACCUUGCCUACGCCCUUGGAAGGUGGGGCGGGGCUGGUAGCCCACGGGAGUGCCAUUGCCAGGCGGCUGGGACGUGCGGCAGACGCAGCUGGUCGUACUCUGGUGGAGGAGCCUCCUCCCAGCCAGCGGCAGCGACGCCGAUGGCAUGUUUGA